CAGUUGCUGUUGCUGUUGCUGUGAUUAGCUUUGCUUCUUGCUUGCUUUGGUGUUGGAGUUGGAAGUUAUUUCGUUAAUGUAAGAAGUUAUGCUGAGAGCAUGGGAGAGCCAGACAGAAGUGGUCAGCUCCCACCAGGCUCAAAGAAGCACUCAAUAGAUGACAUCAUUGACCACAUGACUGCUGACCUGCAGAGUUACGAUGGACAAUACUUGCUGUUGGGUUCCCCUCCCAAUCCUCCGCACGUCUGGCCGCAGUCGGUCCACAACCCUGUCUUUGUCCAACAGCCUUAUGACAUACAAGAUAGGAAAAUACAAGAUUUCCCACAUCAACCUCCUCCGGGACUCUUCUAUCCCAACCCUCCUCGAGUUCAUGAAAAUUCUGGAGAAAUGAUUGGAAUGGUAGAUGUUGGCGGUGGUAAUUUUGUAAAUGUCGUAUUCAACCCAUCAAAUCCUCCCAAUCCUAUGCAUCCUUUCCUCCCCUCUCAUCAUUCGGAUCCAAAUUUGGGUUAUAUACAUUAUCAACAGCAACCUCCAGCUCAACCUCAACCCCAACCGCAGCAGCAGAAUCCUCAGAUGUCGACUGGAUCUUCUAUCCAUAGAGAUUAUGGGCUGUUCAACACCACGAGUGAACCUACGAGUCAGAACAAUCAUCAGCUGAUAGAGAAUGUUGUUGGUAACUGGCUGCCCAACAAGAGUGGAACUUACAGUCCUUUUGGAAAUGUCUCUCAUCCACAAUCGGAGGUUAAAGAAGAAGACAGGACAGUUCGUCCUGCUCAACCUGGACAGGUGAAAAAACCCAGGAUUGUUGCUGAGGUUCGUCCAAUGAGACCUUCUUAUUCAGAUGUGCUCGCUAAGUCUGUGGUGCCCCCUCUAACCCCUCCACCAACUGCUACAAAACCCAUUGUCCCAACGGGCACUGUGACUAAGACUGAGGGAAGGAAACAGAGCACCAAGGGAGUGAAAGUGGGAUCGAACAACGGAGCUCCAAAAACCGGCAAUCAUCCGUCACUUAAGCGUCAACAGUCGAACAACGAGGACCAAACAAAGACAAACGUGAGACGUUGGAUAUCUCUGGAUGAUUUGACUCCACCACAGAGCAGUGAAGAGAACUCAUUUGUGGACUACGACUCGUAUCUUGACGACAACGUCGGUAGUGGCUCAGACAACUACAUUCAGCCACCGGCCGGUGAAGUCAAGAAGGAGAAGAAGCAGAAGAAAAAGACCAAACUGCCAGAAGACAAGUACGAAGCCUUGAAUAACCACAAGACUUCCGGAGGAACAAACGGUGGAAACAAGCGGCCUCUGCAUAUCAAAGACAAUCUGCAAGGCAAAACUGGCAGCUCUGAGAAGAAUGUUACUAAAAGUGCUUCUAAAAACACCAGAUCUCAGGAAGAAAACAAAAAAGGUUUGAGCAACGGAGGGGUUGGUGGUGGCAGCAAGUCUAAUGUGAGUACGGAGGAGAGAGGGCCGAGUGUGUCUAGAGUGUCCCGCGGUGGAAGCUCGUCCGGGGCUCGGCGGGGACAGAGGGCCAAGCGCAAGGACGGACAGAGCUACCUGGCUGUACUAUGCAAGCGAUGGCAAGAACAGAUGUCCUACUACGGCCUCAUGUUUCUCACUUGGUUUCUUCAUCUCAUCUGGGACGUUUUGGCAAUGUCUGCUCGUCUGUUGGUUCAUCUGUUCUCGGUGAUGUGCGAGACGGGUCUGGUGUGGCUGCAGUGGCUGCAAUGUAAAGUGACUGGUCUGAUUGGCCGAGAGCCCUGGUGGAACUGGUGGGGCAAGAAGCCGACUCCUCCGCCAAAGAACAGUGAACCACCACUGCCAGGGGGACUGACCUGCAACAUCUCUCUGCCAGCCACCGGGGACGAGGCCAUGAAGAGGCUGCUGGCUUGUAAAGGCAAAGACCCGUACAGUAUACUCGGUGUAACAAACAACUGCACAGAUGAUGACAUCAAGAAGUACUACAAAAGGCAAGCAGUUUUGGUGCAUCCUGAUAAAAAUUCUCAACCAGGUGCAGAAGAGGCUUUUAAAAUCUUGGUUCAUGCGUUUGAACUCAUUGGAGAGCCUGAAAGACGAAGUGCAUACGACCGAUGUGUGGCUGAGACUCACCAAGUGGAACAAGCUUGGAGUGAACUCAGCGAACUGCUUUCUCAGCUGCACCACAAGAUGGAGUAUGCAGCCAACACCAUCAGAUGUACAAACUGUGGCAAAAGACAUAAGCGAGUGAUCAUGCAGCGGCCUUGCUAUGCGGCUAGGUUCUGUGCUCAGUGUAAAAUACACCACUCUGCUAGAGAGGGUGAUAUCUGGGCAGAGAGUUGGAUGCUGGGGCUGCUGUGGCACUACUACGCCUGCAUGGAAGGCGCAGUGUAUGACAUCACGGAGUGGGCGACAUGUCAGGCUGACAACCUGAAACAUCUCAAGGCCAACAGUCACGCCGUGCAGUACAGGAUAGUGCUGGGCAAACAGAACCACCACCACCACCUAGCUAGGGACAAUUACAACGAGCCUGAUCUGGAAGAGUUCUUGAACAACUUGUACGCCCAGUCUGGCGUGGGGGGCGGCGACGGAGGAACUACCAGCGACAGUAACUCUCGGCAACGGCGAAAAGGAAAGCGCAAGAAGUGAGGCAGCUCCUCCCUCGACUCUUCCAUGUAAAUUUAAUUGACAAAGGAGUAACCGAUACCUUCCUGAAAACCUAGUAAACAAUUUCCUCGUUCGGAUUUCAGUUCUUCUGUUCCACAAGGUCAUUGUCCUUUAUGCUUAGUGGUUGAAAGUAAUGUGCUGAAUCACAUCUCACAAAAGUGUUAUUGCUUACCUACUAGGUAAAUUCUACAAUGUUUAGUUAGAAAUUUGUAUAGAAAUUUAAAAACAAUCGUUUUGGCUGUUACAGGGUUACUGAAUUUUGGCAAUGUUGUGUGCAGGAUAUUGACAUUAUGUUGAAUUUCUCUAUAAAUAUUAAAUUUAAACUGUGAUUCACUGACAAAAAGUUUCACUGUUCAGACAAUAAUAUUUUCAUUUUAUGGAGUAAUCGAACAUAUUAUUAUUUGAAAUAUCAUAUAAUCUAUUUUAAGCAUUAUUUAAACAGUCUAUCUAUGUAUUUCUGAUUGUAGUGAGCAGUUUGGAAAGUAUUUUUUAUGGGUAUAUGAAAUACACAAUGGCUUUAACAUGUAAAAGUUAAAAAUAUCAUUAUAAAUUUGUAUAGGCGCAACAUGAUUACACUUUCUAUUCCAUUUAAAAUAGUCUUUUCACUCAUCUUAGUCCUGAUCCUUUCUUUUCAAAAUCUUUAUCCAGAUACAUCUCACAAUACUUAUUACAGCACUAUUUAUUGACUGCAUCUUGAAUCGUUCAUCACAAUGACUCAGAUGACCUCUGCACAUUUUCGCUUUAAACAAACAAUCUAUCCAAACUGCUCUUGUACAAAAAAUGUACUGCUUGCAUUGACAUGUACUUAAUUCGUUGUUGGUUUGAUAUGACUAAUCAAUUUACAUAGUGGUUUAAAGUUUUGGAAAAAACUGUGCUGUGCGAGCCAAAAAAUGUGUAUUUAUUGUAAUUGAAGAAACUAAAUUCUUGUGAUAACCUGGUAAGUUGAUACAUGCACUAUCAUCAUUAGCAGUUAGUAUUGGAAGAGUUAAAUACAAUUGAUAAAGACUUCAAAUAAUCGUUUAGUUCCUACAUGAUUUUCUUAAAAAUAAGGAAAUAUUAAUAGAUUAUCUUUGCAGUGUUUUCUUUUAGGGUUUACGUUUACACAUAUUGCUUAUUCUGUUAGUGUUAAUUUGUAAUUUAAAAAACUUAUUUUUACAAAACUACAUUUUUUUAGUAGAUCUUAAAAGUCACAUUUUAACUAUUCACUUAUUGAAAUGACAUCGUGUAUACUAGUUUUUAUUUUAAACAUCAAAAAAAAUAUUUUAAACUAAAAAAUAAAAACUGGUAUCUCAUUAAAACAAGAUUGAUAAGGACUUAAAGUUUAAUUACUCUUUAGUAUUUGAAGUUUUAAUUAAAUUUAGUACAUACCAAGUUGAUUUCUUUUUUGUUUGACUAAUCGUAAGAAGUUAACAUUGGAUAAAAAGCUACUGCUUGUUCUCUUACAAUCUGACUGAUAAAUAAGUUGUAAAUUACAAAUUAUCUUCCACAUUUAAGAACAGAUUUAAAUAACAGCUCUUUUAGAUUAUUACUGAAAAUAUAUAGAAAUAAAUUUAGACACAGAUAUUAGAAAAGAGUGGCUUAUCUUCUCCAGUGGCCGCUAUCAAGGUUCAGUAGGAUUAUGUAAUUAACGCUAACAAUACAUCCUAAUCCUGGUUGUUGUUGUGUGUGUUCCUAAUCAAAAUAAUAUGAAGAGUUUGGCUAUAGGCCUACUAAAUAAAUUGACAAAACAUUAAUUGUGAAGGAGGUUAACUUUAUAGAUCAGAUAUGUAUUUGCAUUUUUAUAAAUUAUAAAAUUUUAAAAUCAGUAAGCUCACAUAACUUGUUUCUGAAAGAUUUUUUACCUUGUCGCAAAACACAAUGAACAGCUUAAGUAUUUCUACAUUCCUUAAACGAAGGGACCCUUCUUUUGAAGGGUGAAAUAUUGUAUCAGAUAUGGUAUAGAACAAACAUAUUAAUUUUGUUUUCAAAGUGUUGUUCAUGUAUGUGGACAAAUAAAUCUCAACCCUCUGACAAACACUAGUAAUAUAGCCGAUAACAGAGCUUUUCUUUGACUUGAAUAGUUUAAGUUUAUAUAACUCACAAUAAGUAGCAGAAGUUUCACAAUUAUAGUUAUUUAAUUAAA